CGCCACCGAUCAUCAUGCUUAAAACGUUGGUUUGUGGAACUUUGACAUUUGCUGGACUUUACGUUGGCUUCAGAAAAGUGUUCAGGUGGACUUUCCCUCGCUGGACCGACGCGGAUGUUUUGAUAGUCAGCGAAAGGCUCCUUGAUGCUAUCCACGCUUCCUUGGCUACUGCCUCAGGAGUCAUCACCGUGACAUCAUGCAAACAUGUCAUGACAGACAGUCACUGGGCGCUGAACGGGUUUAUAGCGUUUGGCUAUCCCUAUUCAGCCAUCGACCUCUAUGCCUCGUAUAUGAGCCACUUCCAUACACACAGGCUCAGAGGGAACAGCAAGUACAACAAGCACUCGCUGAUGACCCUGAAGGCUUUUGUCUCCCAAUAUUGGUUGACGGUGCUUCAUCACCUGGCAGUGCUUGGUAUUUUUCUCCCCAUUGCCAUGUUCUACAGGAGAGGUUUGGGUGAUUUCUUCAUCGGAUGCUUAUUCAUCACGGAACUCAGUGUUGCUUUUGUCGCCAUUUCGAAGAUCAUCGUCCAGGUGGGCCUCGAGAACAGCAGGCUGCACAAACUCAACAGCAUCUUAGUCCUCAUCACGUUCAUCCUUUGUCGGAUCCUGAUCUUCCCCUACAUGUACUGGAAGUACGGACAUGAUUUUGGCAUCCCGCUGCACAAAGUGCCCUCUCACCUGCCUUGGCACUGUAACGUCGGCAACGUGGCCGUCCUUUUGCCUCAGUUGUACUGGUUUUACCUCCAGCUCAAGAAAGCCCAGCGAGUGUUCCGACAUAAGAAAGACUAACCCAAAUCAGA